GUCUCCUCCUCUCUAUCUCCAACCAUAACCUUUUACAGAAAGAUAACAUUUACAAAAAAAAAUUCAAAUCUUAAAAAAAAAACAAAAACUUUACAAUUCGAUCACACUGCACUCUCUCUCCGUAGCAAAGAUGAAGGCGUCGAUGAAGUUCCGCGAGGAGAAGAACCCUCUCUUCCGCGCCAAGGUCCCUCUGAGCAUCCUAGGCCUCCCGUUCCAAUCCGGAAUCGUCGCCGGAGAAUCCAAAGAGCUCAGCCUCAACCUCUCCACCUUCUUCGAAUCCGGCCCGUCUCUCAAGCUCUCCUACCGCCCCAAUGACUCCCACAGCCCCUUCUCCCUCGUCGUCAAAACCGGCACCGGACCCUUCGGCUCUCCCGUCUCCACCUCCAUGCUCAUGAGCGCCGAGUUCAACCUCUUAGGUAACAACAGCAGCACCCCGACCUUCAUGCUCCACUUCAAGCCGCGGUUCGGAGACUUCUCGAUCAAAAAGUCUCAUUCUUCGUCGUCGGGAUUCAUCUCCGGUGAGGAGGAUUCGUCGAUCGAGGUCGUGGAUUCGCCGGGGCUCAGAAAAGUCACCGUCUUGCCGUCGACGUCCGCCGGAGAUAUCGCCGGUUUGAUUUCCGGCGUGGAGGUCGCGGCGAGGACGUCGAUGCCGGUGAGGGGACGCGCGGUGGUGAAUUUUAGGUGGGGGGUUAGGGUUCCGACGGAGAUCAGGGGAGGUUUCGAUCCGACGGCUGAGAUUUCGUUGAGGAGGUUUCCGUUUCUUGUGAUGGAUAAGGUAGGGAUCGAACACGUGGACGGGUCGGGUGGUAGUAGAGAGACAAAGUCAACGAGCGAUCCGGUCAAAGUUUCGGGUGAUGACGUGUGUUUGGUAUUGGAGGAGCUUCGGUCGGAGAAUAGGCAGUUAAAGAGAGCUGUUGAAGAUCUACGUGGAGUGAUGAUAUCGAACGUCAGGCCGUUCUCGCCGGCGAUGAUAGAUUACGGUUCGCAUUCGAAGUACCGUGAAGCCGAGAGGAGCAACAACAACAACAAUAACAACAGCAAUGGUAGAGCGAGAGGUGAUAGGUGGAGUAGUGAGCGAACGACGUCGGAUUACGGAGGGAAGAAGAGCAAGGAAGAGGGUGACGUGGCGGAGGAGUUGAAGAAAGCCUUGAAAGGAGCUGCUUGAAAUGGUAUUUGGUAACAACUCUGCCAUGAAAGCUUUAUUCAUCUUCUUGAUUUAGCUAUGGCUUUUGUGUAUAUAUAUGCGUUACACUACUGCUGCGUUGAAAGAACAUCUUUAUAACAUUUCAAUGGAAUUGCUCUAGAAGUUUAAUUUGAGAUGUUUUGAAUU